UCAGAGCAACAGCUGCCCGAGCUCGCUCCACUUCAAAGCAAACAAAUAGCGACUCGAGUUUUCCGCCGUUCCGUUUGCCGCUUUCAUCCACCGGAACCUUCGCCGGAGAGAUGACUAAUCCGUGCCGCUGGUGUCGCGUGUCGCACGACUGCGUGCUGCAGAUAAACGUGGUGCUGGUCGUGGUGGGGCUGAUCUUCCUGCUGGACGUGUUCAGCCACCUCUACCUGAAGACGGCCAUGUUCCCUGGCCUACGUCUCUACCCAGUGGCCCUGCGUGCCUGGCUUUUCUGGGUGCGCGGACUGACCUUGGUGGCCUACGUAAUAAAUGCGAUCCUCGGGGUGCGCAUGGCCCGGCGGCCGAGUAUCAUCAAGUUCGCCGGAUACAUGCUAAUCGGCUGCGUGGUGCUUCUGUACACGGCCAGCAUCGCGGUCACGCGCUUCCUGUACCGCCGCAGGUUUGAGUUCUUUGUCCAGAUGAUGGUUCUCCAGAUGUGGCUGAGGGAGAGUCUGGGCAAGGUCGAGCUGGAGUUCGCGUGCUGCGGCAAGACCGGCGUGGCGGACUACCAAACCGCCUCUAGCAACCGCUCGUGGGCCAGUGGCUCCUGCUGCGAGAGGCCGGGAUGCCCCGGAUGCACCGCGAAGCUCACCGAGUACCUGUGGACUGUCGAGAUGGACGUGGCGCGGGACAACAUCGUCGUGUCCCUGCUCCUACUUGUGGGCCUGGUCGUUAUGGUAUCGCACUUCAAGGACGGCCAGUUUGAGGAGGACGACUACGACUCGGACGAUUCUGAGGAGGGCUCAGAGCAGGGCGGAGACCACUUGGGCGCGAAGCCAACAGGCCCAUCCCACUCGGUCGGGACGGCGAUUAGGGACUAAAUUAACGACCUCCGCCCGCUCUGGUCAAUUGAACUUUAAUGCAACAUUGAUAGCCAACGCCUAUGGCCAGAACGUUUGUAUGCUCGCUUGUUGCGGCUCAUUAAUUUGAAAGCCAGCGGGGCGCCCACACGAUUCCCACACCAAGGCCAGCUUCCGUUAAUGCCGCACUUAAUUAGCCCUCGAAACAAAACGCCACAAAUACAUUUUAAUGGCUCCGAUUUGAGCCCUAACAAGGAAUUGUUGUAUGGUUUUAUGGAUUUAUAAAGAUUUAUUUUCUUCAUGGGA